AAAACCAUCCCAAAGUCCCAAAGCAGAAGAAAAUUAUUUAUACAGACUCAGUAGCUCUCUGUAUGCCUAUCCGUAUUUACAAUACUCUACUUCUAUUUUUCUAUGCGGAUUUCCUUCCUUCUUUUUCCUUCAAUAUCUUUUGCUAUCCCAAUUUCCCUGGAAAAUUUUUGGUCUAUGAUCUUCCAUUUUCUUCAAACACCCUUUGUUUCCAUUCUUAGAAUCCCUCCGUCUUUUGAAAAACCUACACACCUCCACUAUAAGAAACCCUCUUAAAUCUUCUCUUCCACGGCGGUUUUUGUAUUGAUCUCUGUUUUUCUACGUUUUCUUGUCGAUUGAAUUCAUAACCGUCUUGGGAUUGGUUUGAAAAUGAGUUCUAUAGACGUCGAUUACGUGAAAAUUGAGAAAGCAAAAGCAAUUGCGAGGUAUCGUCGGUUUCGAAAGAUUGCGAAAUUGUUCCAAAUGCUUGAGAUCAUCGUGGCUCUAAGUUUGCUCUCAUGGUCGACGACUCGGCUUCCGGCGGUUAUGAAAAUCUCUGGUGAGUAUGUCAUGAGGGUCUCCGUCUACUUACUCAGCCCUCACGCCAUAUUUUUGAUCGGAAACGCAAUUAUCAUUGCGCUUGUUGUUCUUUCCCGCCAAAACUAUGCUGGUUACAACACCGGCAACGCCGAUAUGUAUGACGAUUAUGUCCGUCAUAGUGAGAUUCAGCAAAGGGUCGCCGAUCCUCCCGACGGUGAAAUCCUCCCAUCAUCGCUGGCGCCGGAGACGGAGAGGAAGACCGAUGACGACUACAACAACUGUAAGCAGAUCGUGUGCUUGGAAAAUGCUGUUUCGCAACCGCAAUGUGACGCUGUUACGGAUGCCAUAGAGGAAGCGACGAAGCAGAUACGUAGGUUCCAGAGAACCCAAUCGGAGAAGUUGAAACGGGAAAUAGCCGUGAAGCCCCGGCGAGAGCUCCGUCGAUCGGAGACAGAGACUCGUGAUAUAGUCGUCAUCUCCGGCGAAAGGCGGACGAUGAUGGCUUCUCUUGACAACGUGGACAGUCUUAGUAACGAGGAGUUUCGUCUCACCAUUGAUGCCUACAUUGAAAAGCACCAGAGGUUUUUCAAAGCCCAGACAUUAGAAGAACAAAAGCAGUAAAAAUAAACAGUACUAAGAGUUACAGAGGCAGAGAGAGAGAGAGAGAAGAAAUCUUCUAUGGAUUUCUAUUUUAUUUUUUCCUUUUCGUUAUCUUAUUCAGAUUCUCUUGUAGUACCACGCACUGCAAUGUACAUGGUUGUUUUCCCUAGUUCUUAUUUUCUCUGGAAUUAGGAAGGAAGAAGGAG